GCGUUAGCAUGUGGUGCUUUAACGCUUUUGCACGGGGACGGUGCAGCGUUUGACCUGCGGUAACUUACACCCGGAUAUCCAUAAACGCAUUCAGACGUUUUUAUCUCGUGUACCAGGAGAUGAAACGUCGCCUCCGACGGCAGGUUUCUGAUGUUUUUGUAUCCUUAAAAACAACAGAAACCUCGUAGUUGAAGCUAACCGGCUAGCCGCUGUGCUGUCAAAGAGCAGAGAGUCCCUCCAUGUGGUUAAAGUAAUAUCCAGUAAUGAGGUGGUUCUGUUCUUUCCUGUGAAGCAGAAUGAGGGCUCUUCUCUGUGUUAAAGCACAGCAGCUGCUCAGCAGAGGUUUUAUCCACCCUGUCAGGCCGGCAGCAGCAGUGCGAUGGCAAGCAGCCCCUUCCAAACUCUUCUGCAGCUCUGCACCUGAUGGAAACAACAAACCAUCCUCCAUGCUGCGCCACCUGACCUCUAAAAUAAAAGCCACGGGGCCGAUCCCUGUGGCAGAGUACAUGAGGGAGGUGCUCACCAACCCUGUGAAGGGUUAUUAUGUGAGGAGCAACAUGCUGGGACCUGAAGGAGAUUUCAUCACUUCACCAGAAAUCAGCCAGAUCUUUGGAGAGCUGAUCGGAGUGUGGAUCAUCAGUGAGUGGAUGGGAGCUGGUCAACCCAAACAGCUGCAGCUGGUUGAGCUCGGACCUGGAAAAGGAUCGCUGGCGAGCGACGUCAUCAGAGUGUUCAGUCAGUUGCAGUCGGUGCUGGGCGGGGCCUCUGUGUCGCUGCACCUGGUCGAGGUGAGUCCGGCUCUGAGUCUGCUUCAGGCUCAGAAUCUGACAGGAAACCGCAGCCAGGAGGCAGACGCAGAAGAUGAUCUGGUUUACCGUCGCGGAGAAACUGAAGCAGGGCUACCGGUGUCGUGGUACCGCCGGUUAGACGAUGUCCCGACAGGAUUUAGUAUCUUUGUCGCUCAUGAGUUCUUUGACGCCCUGCCAAUUCACAAAUUCCAGAGGACUGAGAAAGGCUGGAGGGAGGUGUUGGUGGACAUCGACCCAGAGAAGCCGGACACGCUGAGGUUUGUCGUGGCGCCGGCUCCGACCCUGGCCUCGACGUCGCUCGUGCAGGUCAGUUUAGACCUUCAUGUGAGCAUGUUUUGUUCAGCUCUAGUGGAAGGAAGCAGCUGUAGGAAGCAGAAAGGCUCCUGUGCGUCAGGCAGGGGGAAACCAGGGUCAACCGGCCCGUCGCUCCUCUUCCUCAAUUCUUCUUCUGAGGGUUUUAAAGGUCACCAGCUUCAUGACGUCCUCGCCUCCCCUGGCUCUGCCGACCUCACCGCAGACGUGGAUUUCAACUAUCUGCGGAGGAUGGCGGGAGGAGGCGUGGCCUGUCUGGGCCCCGUCACUCAGAAUACGUUCCUGAAGAACAUGGGUAUUGACACCAGGAUGCAGAUUCUGCUGAGGAACUGCAGGGACCCGUCCACCAGGAAGCAGCUUAUCAGCAGCUACAACAUGCUGACCAACCCCGCCAAGAUGGGCGAGCGCUUCCAUUUCUUCAGCCUGCUGCACCCCAGUCGCCUUGCCAAGCCCCAGAAACCACAGGGGCUGAAGCUUGAGAAGAAGAAGAGCCCGGCACCGCUGCCUGUGGCCGGAUUCACCGAGCUCAAGUUCGCCUGAAAGAGACGACUUUGAAAUUUUGGCUGCCGGGUCAGUAGUGAGUGUAAACAACUACACUGUCCCAAACUUCUUGAACUGACUGCACCACAAAGCAAACAAAGAGAUUUACAGAGCUAAAAACGAGCAGACAGCUGCUUCAUCACUUCCUUUAAGCCUGUGUGAAAUCCAAAAUGGGUGAGUCAUUAAUUAGAUUCACUCCUGUAGAGUCAUUAUGAAGGAGGAAACUAUCCAAAAAGGCCAAAACUGUUCUUUUGUAGCUGUAAACAUGUUUGUUUCUGCUGUAAAGUUGAACUUUUUAAUAUGGAAGUCUAUGGGGCCUUUUGGAGAAAGCCUCAAGUGGACAUUAGAGCAACUGCAGUUUUUGGCACUUUAACUUGGGGAGUGUGAGAGUUUGGACAUUACGAGAUGUCUGUUGGUUUAAAAGAUCAUGUUCUGAUGUGUUUUAACAAAUAUUUAAGGAAAACACAUUUUGUAGUUU